AUGCGGAGCGAUAUUAAGGGCUGGCCGCCACUCACUUAUGAGAUGCAGGAUAAAUAUGAUCCCCCGUUUUCUAAAAAAGCUCUUCCGAGCCAUUCUGCAGACUAUUUUCCCGAUAGUAGUCCAAUAGAAGGUGAUAGUAGUCCAAUAGAAAGUGAUAGUAGUCCAAUAGAAAGUGAUAGUAGUCCAAUAGAAAGUGAUUGUAGUCCAAUAGAAAGUAAUAGUAGUCCAAUAGAAGGUGAUAGUAGUCCAAUAGAAAGUGAUAGUAGUCCAAUAGAAGGUGAUAGUAGUCCAAUAGAAAGUGAUAGUAGUCCAAUAGAAGGUGAUAGUCCAAUAGAAAGUGAUAGUAGUCCAAUAGAAAGUGAUAGUAGUCCAAUAGAAGGUGAUAGUAGUCCAAUAGAAGGUGAUAGUAGUCCAAUAGAAAGUGAUAGUAGUCCAAUAGAAGGUGAUAGUAGUCCAAUAGAAAGUGAUAGUAGUCCAAUAGAAAGUAAUAGUAGUCCAAUAGAAGGUGAUAGUAGUCCAAUAGAAGGUGAUAGUAGUCCAAUAGAAGGUGAUAGUAGUCCAAUAGAAGGUGAUAGUAGUCCAAUAGAAGGUGAUAGUAGUCCAAUAGAAAGUGAUAGUAGUCCAAUAGAAAGUGAUAGUAGUCCAAUAGAAAGUGAUAGUAGUCCAAUAGAAGGUGAUAGUAGUCCAAUAGAAGGUGAUAGUAGUCCAAUAGAAAGUCCAAUAGGGCAAUUGAAAUUGAAAUAA